AUGGCCAUGAUCUUGGAUGCUUUUAUGAGCAAAUUCUCUACUUUGCUCACUGAUUUUGUCCAAGAUGAGGUGAUCAUGCUGCUUGGUGUGAAGGACGAGCUUCAAAUGCUACGUAAACGGAUGAGGAGCAUACAAUGCCUUCUAAAAGAUGCUGAAAAGAAAAAGUUUAAUGAGUCAUCCACCGAACUCUGGCUUUCUGAGCUUAAGGAUGUGAUGUAUGAUGCCGAGGAUAUCAUUGACCUCUGCAGAAUUGAGGGCACUCAGCUACUCACUGAUCAAAAUCCCAAAUCUAAAUCUUCUUCGGUAUGUUGCAAUUUCUCAUCUGUCUUCUCCUGUUUCACUAGUGUUCCUUUGCGUCAUGAGAUUGGAAACAGAAUUAAGGAUAUUAAUAAAAGACUCAAGGAGAUAUAUGAAGAUAGAGAACGUUAUAAACUAGAGAAAUCCACAAUAUCGGAAACCCCACAAAUUACUCUAGUUGAUUCUCGUCAAACUUCUUCCAUGAUUGAUCCUUUUGUUGUGGGAAGGGAAGUCGAGGUUGCAGCAAAUAGUUUGGUUGAUCAUUUGAUUCAGGAGAAAGUUGAUGAAAAAUGCCGUCUUUUUGCUAUUGUCGGCAUGGGCGGGAUAGGGAAGACAACUCUUGCUCAAAAAAUUUUUAACCAUCCUAAAAUUCAGGCCUAUUUCAAUUCAAAAGUGUGGGUUUGUGUUUCACAGACUUAUGCGGAAACUGAGUUAUUGAAGCAAGUAAUAAGAGGGGCUAAGAGAGACUGUAGAGAUGUUAAUACUAAAUCAGAACUACAACACAUUCUUAGUGAUUCUGUUUCCUUAGAUCAGAGCCUUUUUCUUGUUUUAGAUGAUGUGUGGCGGGCAGAUGUGUGGGUUGAUUUACUUAGAGUCCCAUUGUAUAACUCUAACAAGAGUGUAAGAGUCUUAGUCACAACUAGAUAUGAAAAUGUUGCUAUGGAUAUGAAGGCAGCAUACAUUCACCCUGUUGCACAUCUUUCUGAAGAUAGCUGUUGGGAUAUGCUACGUAGGAGGCUUUUUUCAGAGGGACAAGAGGAGGUAGAGAAUGGCUUGAAGGAGCUAGGAUUUGUUAUAGUAAAAAGAUGUAGAGGCCUUCCUCUUGCAGUCAAAGCCAUUGCUGGUGUUCUUUCGAGUAAACCGCGUACUAAGAAAGUCUGGAAAAAUUUUCUCAAUAAUACUGCAUGGUCCAUUCAAACCCUUCCUGAGGAAAUUAGUGGUGCUUUGUACCUUAGUUUUGAAGAUCUACCUUCACAUUUGAAGCAGUGUUUUCUAUACUUCUCUUUAUUUCCUGAGGAUGCCUGGUUAUAUCCCCAUGAGCUCGCUCAACUUUGGGUGGCAGAAGGAUUCAUAAUAGAGCAACAAGAUUCUUUAAUGGAAGAUUUAGCGGAAGAAUGCUUCGAUGAGUUACACAAUAGAAAUCUUUUGCUGCCAAAAGAAGGUUUUAGUAAGUGCAAAAUGCAUGAUCUUAUCCGAUCUUUAGCUAUUUUUUUGUCCAAAGAAGAAGCUUCUUUUGGAGAUUUGAAUGUCAGGAAUUCAAUAACAUCUACCAAGCUUCGCCGCCUAUCAGUCAUAGAAAAAGAGGGAGCAGUAGAAAUAGUCAAUUAUGUUGCAGAUCAGGGAACCCUAAGAACAUUGCUUGCUUCAUAUUCUGAUUUGUUGUUGGAUGAUGAAAUAUUGAGGCGACUUUCACAUCUACGUGUCUUGGACAUUUCUUGUACACAAAUUCAAAUACUUCCUGACUCUAUAAGAAAGCUAGUGCAUUUGAGGUAUCUUAAUUUGAAAAUGACAGAAAUAAGGGAAAUACCAAAAUCCAUUGAGCAAUUAACAAACCUACAAUUCUUGGACCUAAGUUCUUGCCGAAAUUUGAGACAACUUCCUAGUGGAAUCACUGGGUUAUACAGUCUAAGGCACCUUGAUAUUCUUGCAUCGCCUAUUAGUUUCAUACCAAAGGGAAUAGAGAAACUGCAACAGCUUAAUUAUCUAGGCAACUUUGUGGUGGCCAACAAUGACUCCAGCAGUAAAUUAGAAGACUUGAACUCUCUGAAACAGAUAAGAACGCUCAUCAUUAGCAACUUAAAAAGACUUCAAAGUGAAACCAUAAUUCUUAAAGAACUACUUUACCUUUCUACUUUGAAGUUGCAGUUCUUCAUUUACGAAUUCUACUAUGUGGAGGAAGAGAUGGCAAUAAGCAAGGAAAAUGAGCUAGCAGUAAGCGAGGAAGAUGACCCAACAAGAGAGGAAAAGGAGCUAGCAGUAGAGGAGUUGUUCGACAGGAUAAUACCUCCACAAAGCCUAGAAAAUUUCACAAUAGAUGGCUUCUUCGGCCGUCGUUUCCCCAAUUGGAUGGUCUCAUCAUCUUUUGAACUUUGCGUUCCAAAUUUGACUAAAUUGGUGUUCCAUAACAUAGAAUCAUGCACUCAACUCCCAUCAUUAGGUCAGCUGCCUGAACUUAGAGAGCUUGUUAUUGAUGGUGCAAAAAAAGUAAAGAAACUUGGGCCAGAAAUUUUUGGUAUUGAUGUCAAUUCAACUAGGAUUGCUUUCCCCAAGCUUGAACGACUUGAAAUCUCGAGUUGUCGUGAGUUGGAAGAAUGGUCUUUUGGUGCACAAGUUGAGAAAAAUGCAUCUCCAAGACUCAAGUUGCUUCCAUGUUUACGGGAACUAGAGAUCUUUUUUUGCCCGUCGCUAAAACAACUAUCAAAAGGUCUAAAGUACUCUAAUAUGAAGAUUCUCAAAAUAAGUAGUGCUUACAGCUUGAAAUUAGUUGACAAUCUCCCUGCUGAAGUUGAGGAACUAAGAUUAAUUGACUGUAAAAAUUUGGAAAAGGUCUAUUGUGCCCCUACAUUAAAGAUGCUCGAAGUUCAAGAGUGCGGAGCUUUGGCUUGCAUGGAGAAGCUUGAUUCAUUGCAAAAAUUAUAUUUCAGUGAUACAUUUAAGGCCAAUCUUCCAGAGUGGAUAUUGAAGACUCUACAACAACGGGCAUUACAAAAUGAUUAUAAUGAUGACUUCCAACUAGAAUUGGAGUGCAAUUUUCAGGUUAUUCGAGGAUGUUUAAAAGGAGGUUCUUAUUGGGACUUAAUUGAACCUAUUCCACAAGUAAAAAUCUUCAGUGACAGAGAUUAUCUUCGAUAUAGUAAACAUCCAUAUGUUUACGAUACAAAUCUCUAA